GGCCAUAUUGCGACAGCCGUAGAGCAGUACGUGGCAACUCCAGCUGGAAGAAGAGCGAUAAUGCAAGUAAAGGAAAUAUGUCUCGCUGGAGUAGUGAAUAUGUUGUGGCGGAGUACAGAGAUCUCCAGGCCAACUGUAUGGCUGUGGACUGUCUUGGAGAGCAUGCAGUACUGGCAGGGCGGCGUGUGCUAGCCAUUGUCCCCUUAGACAGACCCAAAGACAGCAUCAAGAAGGUGAACAGGCAGAGUAAGUGGGAAGUCAGCGCGGUCCAGUGGAACCCACACCCCUCUCACGCUCAGAUACUGGUCACUGCAACUAACCAAAGAGUAGAUCUUGUAGCCUGGAUAGAUGGUAAAGGAGUACAGCAGGGUUCACUGAAGGCGCAUACUAGAGUUAUCAGUGAUUUAGACUGGUCCCCCAUUGAGGCCAGCUCUCUGGCCACCUGUUCUGUGGACACCUACACCUUCCUGUGGGACAUCAAUGACCAGAGACGUCCCAUCAAGUCCCUGCAGGCAGUGUCUGGUGCUAACCAGGUGAAGUGGAAUAAAGUCAACGAGCACCUGCUGGCCACCGCACACGAUGGAGACAUCAGACUCUGGGAUACCAGGGACUCUAAGGGUUCUCCAGUUCAGUAUAUAGCAGGACAUCUACAGAAGAUCCAUGGUGUAGACUGGAGUCCCAGCAGUGAGCAUCAUCUGGCCACUUCUAGCCAGGACAGCACUGUGAAGUUCUGGGAUGUAAGGAACCCCAAGAAGACUGAGGCUGUCAUGGCAUCUGGAGCUCCUGUGUGGAGGGCCAGAUAUGCUCCAUUUGGUACUGGCAUGGUGACAGUAGUGGUGCCCCAGCUGAGGAGAGGAGAGAACAGCCUUCUGCUGUGGAAUAUCCGUGACCUGAAACAACCUGUCCACACCUUUGUGGGCCAUACGGACGUAGUGCUGGAGUUCCAGUGGAGGAAACACACUGAAGACGAGCGAGGUGAUUACCAACUCGUAACAUGGUCCAGAGAUCAAAGUCUUAGAAUAUGGACAAUAGAAAGUCAUCUACAGAAGCUUUGCGGUCACCACACUCAGUCAGAUUCCUCUGCUAAAGAUUCCGAGAGCAUCAUCAAUGGAACCACAGAAGACAAAGUUGUAGAUGGACAAGAUGCCCUGGAAAUUAUGGACAAUCAUUUUGGCAGUGGCAAAGAUGAGGAUACAGAUGGAGGAACAAAAGUUGAUGUGAAGAAAAAGUUUGAGGUUGAACCGGUGAAUGAAAGUAUAUUGGCAGACGCCAUCACUCCGCAACAGCCACGAACACUUCAACAGGAGUUUUCAUUGGUUAAUGUGCAUAUACCUAAUGUAACUGUAGAGGAGAUGAAUGCUGAGAGAAGAAUCUGUACCUUCUCUGCGGUUAGUGGUAAACACAUGGUGCGCCUGCUGAUGACAUUCCCACUGAUGUAUCCCAGUAAUGUGGCACCUGCCUUUCUGUUUGAGGAUCCAACCACUAUAGACCAGGACGCACAGAACAAACUGAUUAAGAUCCUGGAUCAAACUUCUAUACAGCAUGUGAAGCAUAAUAGAUCAUGUAUAGAACCAUGCCUAAGACAGCUGAUACAAAGUUUAGACAACCUCACUUUUGUUGACCGCACCACCCCAGACACUGACAUGCCGUACAAUCUGCAGCAGCCUCCACGACCAAUGAAGUUUCUUCCCAUCUAUUCCUACGGCAGCCUGCAGGAUGCCAAUAUUCCUUUCCCAAGAACUUCUGGUGCUAGAUUCUGUGGAACUGAUCACCUAGUCUGCUUUGUCCGCCCCUCUCACAUGCACCGACAGAGGACCAGUGAAAUAACCCCCAGAGCCCUGUCUGCCCUGUCUGCGUACGCCCUGCCCACACAGACAGUGAGGACACCUCAGAGCAACCCAUCAUUUAACAUGAUGUUUGGUCUGGCCAGGUCUCCCCCCACAGACAACAGUGUGUCCAUCAGUAGUUAUUAUACCAAUAAAGACCACAGGAAGAAGCGUGCCCGCAGUAAAUCACGCCUCACAGAGCAGGGGGACAGCAAGCGUGACCAGAAGGCCAGGGUACCAGGAUCACCUCAGAAGAAACAAAAAGAUAAAAGCUCAGAGCCUGUGAUGAUCUAUAACAUCUCUUCUCUCUUGCCUAUCCACAGACAGCUGGCUGAGAAUUAUGUGUUAGACACAGAAGACAUAUGUAAUAUGUGCAAUAAAAAUGCUGCUGCAGCUGCUGCGGUGGGAAGGAGAGACCUUGUGCAGAUGUGGCAGCUGGUCUCCCUGGUCUCUAGUUCCAGUUUGGUUCCCAACCAGAACCCAGAUUCUGAGCCCCCCUGGGCAGUCAGUCCAUUUGGGGGUCAGCUCAUAGACUCUUUGAUAGACCACUACAGCUCUCUGUGUGAUGUGCAGACCCUGGCCAUGUUGUGCUGUGCAUUUGGCCCCAAGGAGGACGCUCAGCAAGUUGUCAAUCUAGCCUCAGCACUGAAUAGAAUACAGAGGUCCACCUCAGACAUCUCUUGUGCCAAUGUUGAUGAUGUUAUUGAAGUGGUUGAUGAAGAAGAUGUAAUGUUUCUGGCACGGAGGCCCAGGAAGUCCUACUCCAAGAAUGAACUUGCAGACUUGCAGUCAGAUUUCUCAUAUUCCCCUGUCCUCAAUGGCUGGAGUAACAUCACUGGUGUCAAAGCAAGGCGUUCUAACAGCUGGUCAGAGUAUGAAGAUGUCAACUACAAGUUUGAGGAGUGGAGAGAUCCAGAUGAACUGGAGAAAGAGAGACAUGAGUGUAAGAUGAGGUUACUGGAUCCCCGUAAAUUGGUCCAGUACGAUUCAUUCAAGGAGAUCUAUGGCAACAUCUUGUACCGCUGGGGGUUGAAGGACAAAAGAGCCAUGGUACUCAAGUACUGCUAUCUGGAGCCCAAACCACACAAGGGACUAUCAUUUGUGACCAUCUGUUUCUACUGCCGUCAGGAGACCCGAGUGGGGCAGUGUGGGACGUGUAAGAACUAUGGUCUGCAGUGCUCUAUAUGUCAUCUGGCAGUGAGAGGGUGCUCUAACUUCUGCCUGACAUGUGGUCAUGGUGGUCACAGCUCUCACAUGAUAGAGUGGUUCCGUACACACACUGUCUGCCCCACUGGGUGUGGCUGCCGAUGUCUGGAGGACAACUGGAUGUCACCAAGCUGAGGAUGUCACCAAGCUGAGGAUGAUGACAAUGAGAUGACAACUCUAUCAGCAUGUCUGUGACCCAUUUUAAAAUGUGUCCACCUGUUUUACAAUUAGCUGAAUGUGAAAUUAGGGAGACAGAUCUUUAAAAAAAACAAUUACAUGCCUGUAUGCCUACAAGCUGAAGAUGGUGACAACUAACUGCACGUUAGUGUCAAGUUUUAAAACUCAUCCAUUGGUUUUAGAACCAAUUGUAUAUGAAUUUUUUUAAAGCUGCUGAUAUAUCUAAACCUACCUACUCAUCCAGGAGAACAACUGGAUAAAGCUGGGCUGUGAAUGAGAAAAAUCCAACCUCAUUUCUGUGACUUAUUUUUAAAAUUGUCAAUUUGUAAAUAAGAGCUAUGGAAUUGAUGAAAAAUGCAGAAAAGCCAUACAAAGGGUAUGAUGGUGAGAAGCUGUGAUGUCACAUAUUUAGAGCAAAUUGGAAUGUGAACUGUGAUGAGAGCCAGUUUCACAAUGAACCUCAUAUUGAGGAGGGUCAGUAGAUCUACCCCCUCCUUCUGUGUUGUUUGAAACUACAUUAUACCAAACACUUGGGAGAUUUAAGAGACAAAGUGAAGGAUGUAAAACAGCCCUCUGUAUUAUAUGCCUAAAUGGACAGGAGAAAGUACUGUUUACCCCAGGAAAAUUGUAUUUGUAUUAAUAUUUCAUGGGAAAAUCCUACAUUGUGUACCUUUCAAUCUCCCUUCUGUUUUCCUGUUUAGUUACAUUAAAAGCUUAUUUGUGAACCAUUUAGAUGCAAAUUAUAAAAGGUUGGUGUCAAAGUAAAACAAUACGCAUUCAUGUUAAGAGUCAUACCAUGAUCACAGACUAUAACUCAUUUCACAGGACACUUUACCACAAGAAACUGAAAAGAAAAACCAAUAUGUUUUGGUAACUGCUGAAUUAUAAUUGUUUUCAUUUUGAACAUAAUGAAAGAAAACGCAUGUACAGGUAGUAUGCAUUUGACUUUUUAUAGUGCUUGGACUUUUUAUUACAAAAUUUGAUUUGGUUAAAGACACGCAUGAUGGUUUUUUUUAUUUGAUAUAAGCUUAUUGUUUGAAAAUUACUUUGUUCUCAAAUUUUGAAGGAGAAUUAAUCUGAAUGUUAAGUUGCAGCACAUAAUGGAAAAAGUGGGCCGUACAUUUAGUUAUUAGUUUCAUUGAUAAAAUUCAUCAGUCACCUUAUCAUGCUCAUUGCACAGUGUUGGUUGUAAUUAGAAAUGUAAAGAUAUUUAUUAUGCUAAUGAGCUGGUCUCAUUUCUGUAAAGAUCUAAGAGUUGUAACUUAGGUGGUGAAGGUUUAGUUUUAGUGAGACAGUUUGUCUCUUGCAUGCUAAGAAAUAGUGACUUGAUAUUUCAAAACUUAAAGAAUGUACUUGUAAGUUAAUGACCAGGCACAGUUUCUCUGGACAUUUGACCUUCACCUGAGAACAUUAACACAAUAUAAGGAAAAACCAACUUAUUUAUUAUAAUCAAACUUACUAGAAUGAUUCCUAUGACUAAAGCACAGCUCUUCUAAUAGUUUAAAAAUUAUCUGGAUUUAUAGGUUAUACGUUUUUAAAAAUUUUAUUUCAUUUUACAAAUUCCUGUUUUCAUGUAACUGAAUUUCUCUGGUUGGGAAAACCUGAGCUUGUUACAUUUGCUGAAUAUCUACAGCAGCAAUACAUGGUUAAAAAUUGGUGAUGAUUAUGCUGUUAAGCAUUAUGGAAUAUUGCAUCAAAAUUGAAAAAUAAUUGUUCACUGUCAUCAUAAAUAC